AUGUCGAUGGCAAAGGCGUCUUCACGCUUGGCACGCGCCUGGACCCGAUUUCGUCUCGGGCAAGGCUGCUGGCGGCGCUUUUCUUCCGUGCGUGAUGACAUGGAUUUGAUCACCACUCAGAUAGUAGAUGAUGUAGCAGUGGUGCGAUUUCUAUCUCCAGAGGGGCAGUUCUCUUGGGGCACGCGUGUGUGGGAGCAUCGCAUCAACCCAUCCCUCAUCAAGCAGGUGAACAAGUCAUUGGAUGCAGCGGAGGACGCUGGUGCACGAGCACUUCUGGUCGCAGGCGAUGGCAAGUUCUUUUGCAACGGCAUGGAUCUUCAGUACAUCUCUGCCAAUGUAAACCAGUCCACCCAGAUUCAGACCGACGCUGAGAAGUUGAUGUGUCGUAUUUUGACGCUAGGAAUGCCCACAGUGGCAGCAUUGAAUGGGCACAUCACUGCUGCUGGUGCCAUGUUGGGCUUGUCCUUCGAUAAGCGCUUGAUGGUUGGUGAUUCUAAGAGUCUCUUUUUCGUUCCUGGCAUCGACAUUGGACUGGUCUACUCUGCAGGCAUGACGGAACUGAUGAAGUCAAAGAUGCCUCUAGCCAUGUGGACCGAUGUGCUUUGCAUGGGCAAGAGGUACCAAUCAGAUGAGCUGAGGAAGUAUGGUAUCGUUGAGGCAACCCCACCAGCUGGCGAGCUUUUCGAUGCAGCCCUGGAGCUCGCUAAAUCUCUGCGAAGCAAAGGAAAGGACGAGAAGACCCGCGACACGAUGCGUGGGAUUAAGAACAACCUCUACAAGGAUGCCGCUGCUGCACUGGGCAGCGAGGUGGAAGACAUGGGCUUCGCCACCGGCACCUUCUCAGCCACCGGCCGGCCUCAGAAAUAG